GUUGCAGACUGUGAAGGAACCUUUUUGACCUGUCGCCACUGGAUAAAGAAGGACCGCACUGGCUAUAAUGAAACUGCUUCAGGAAACAGGGGAUGCAACAAAGGAAAGAAAGAUCAUAAAAUCUCAGGUGGAGAAACGUCGAAGGGAGAGGAUGAACAGCAGUCUGGAGCGUCUGAGGACCAUGUUGCUCCAGGAGCCACAACAACUGGGCAGGACUCAGCAUAGAAUGGAGAAAGCUGAGAUACUCGAGCACUCAGUGUUCUUCCUGCAGAACACGGCUGAAAGAGGCAAGACGAGAGCUGCUGCAGGUGGUGGAGACCAGAAGCACUCCUUCCAAGACGGCUUCUCCACCUGCCUGCAGACAGCCGCUCAGUUCCUGGGACCUGAGGGGAAAGGCCUGUGGCUCGGAGCAUCUCUGGAUGCAUCUCUUGCCACACGUUUUUCCCGUUUAGACUCUGAUUCUGCAGGUGUUCAAAGGACAUCUGAAGCCCGUUCCUUCACCUCUCUGCCACACACAAAGUCCAUUCUCCGGAUGCUGAGGAAAAAGUCCAAGCACAGACUGCACACACGAGACUGCAGUGUUGCUCAUCCGUACCGACUUCCAGUCCAGCAGAGGUUUCCCCAACAGGCUCAGAGACAAAAUCAGCUUGAAACCAGGGUGGAGAGUCAAGCCGGAAAACAGAGCCCGUCCCAGAGCAGCCCUGUCAGCCACACCUUGUGGAGGCCCUGUAUUCAUGAGAACCCCAACAUCAAAACUACAAUCAUGAAAUUGCUUCAGGAUUCAGAGGACGCGAAGGCUGAAAGAAAGAGUCUCAAACCUCAGGUGGAGAGACGUCGAAGAGAGAGAAUGAACCGCAGCCUGGAGAGUCUAAAGACUCUUUUACUACAGCAACAGGAAGCGACUCAGCGCAGAGUGGAGAAAGCUGAGAUACUCGAGCACACUGUCCUCUUCCUGCAGAACACAUACGAAGGUGACAAGACGAGAGUUGGAGUUGGUGGUGUAAGCCAGAAACAAUCCUACCAAGAUGGUUUCUCCACCUGCCUACAGAGAGCUUCUCGGUUCCUGGGACAUGAGGGGAAAGGCCUGUGGCUUGGAGCAGCGCUGGAUGCAUCUCUUGCUGCUCGCUUUUCCAGUUUAGACUCUGAUUCUGCAGGCGUCCAACGAAGAACUGAAGCUCGUUCCUCCUCCAGCUCUCUGCUUCUGAGGAAAUCCUCAACGUCUAUUCUUCGGUUGCUGAUACACAGGUCCGGGCACAGACUGCGCACAGCUGCACCCACUGUGACCAGUUGUGUUCAGACCCUCGGUGAAUCACAUCGCUCUCCCACAGCUCCCCAACAGCCCCACAAAGUGGCGAGUCGAGCGAGCAAACAAAGCCCGUCUCAGAGCAUGACGGCCAGCCAGUCUCUGUGGAGGCCCUGGCCCUGAUCACCACGGAGCGACUCCAGAAACUGAACUUUUUAAUGACUCUAACAUGCUGAUUAUAUUUAUACAAGAGCAUGUGUUGUUCAUUUGACUUUCUACAAGGACAUUUUCAGUGCAAUGUAUUGAACACGGGCCUCCUACGUUCUGUAAAGUCUGAUAAAUAUGUAGAUAUUGUAAAUCUAUUGUGAUCACACCAAGUGCUGCUACAGCCUUUACAGGCUAACUGUGUCAUAUUGUUAAGUAUUUUGCACCUUAAUUUAUUUUAUUUGUCAUUUGCAAAUAA